AUGGCUAAACUAAGUGGAAAGAACAGCAACAGUCCAGUGGUGGGUGUCAACAACAAGGCAGCUGUGAGGCCUCCAGGCCAAGUGUGUAUUUGUGUGGAAGUGCUUCUCCAAUUCCAAACUCUGUCCCUCAUUUCUGACCCUUUGCUCCCUGCAGCUGGACUGGUUUACCUUCCAGAGGCGGAUGGUGUUAUCUUACCAGAGGAAACAGCCAUGGCGGAAGUCUGCAAGCCUGCCAAGAUGACAUGUCUUGAAGGCCCCCACUUAAACCGAGGCCUGAGCAAGUGCUGUGGCUCCUUGGCUCCUGAGGAGGAGCCAGUAUCUGCCUCCCAAAUGGAAGACAAGGAGGAGGAGGAGGAGGAGAUGGAUUUGGAUCCAGAUCUAACCCCAGACCCGGAGGAGGAGGAAGAGGAGGAUGAGGAAGAGAGUGAUCUCGGGGAUCCAGCUGUCCUCAAUGCUGUCCACAACACCCAGAGAGGUCUUCUCAACUCCCCUGGAAUCAAGGCCUCUGGUGUGUUGGGGAUGUCACCUGCUUCCUUGCACUUUCUGUGGCAGACCUCCAAAUUCCUCUCUCAGACGCUGGACUACCUCUCUCCUGUUCCUUUCCGGACUACCUUUUCCAGUGCCAGCUCUCCAGCACGACACUUUGGACCUCGACUUCUCCUACCAGACCCAACUCUCUUCUGCAGCCCACCAACCUCAUGGCCCCCUAGUUUCAGUCUUCCUAGUCAUCUGACCCAGCUCCACCCUCAGCACCAACGGAUCUUGCAGCUGCAGCAACAUAGUCGAACACCAAGUCCCCCAGCCAAGAAGCCUUGGUCUCAGCAGCCAGACCCCUAUGUUAACCUCAUGACCCGAAAAGAGAAAGACUGGGUGAUAAAAGUACAGAUGGUUCAGCUGCAGAGUGAGAACCCCUGCCUGGAUGACUAUUACUACCAGGAAUAUUAUCAGAAACUAGAGAAGAAGCAGACAGAGGAAGAACUACUUGGGCGAAGGACCAAGGUUGAAUCCCUCAAGCUGGUAACACCUUACAUUCAGAAGGCGGAGGCUUAUGAGUCAGGUGGGACCAGGGCUGACAUGGUGGGUUGGGAUAGACAUCCGGAUGAACAGAGGGUGGAAAGGGGAAGGAAAUGUGUUUUUUUGACUCCUUUUUGUGCAGUGGUUCGAAUCGAGGGUUCCCUGGGCCAGGUAGCUGUAUCAACAUGUUUUAGCCCUCGUCGAGCUAUUGAUGCUGUACCCCAUGGAUCUCAAGAGCAGGAGAUGGGAGCUGCAAGCAGUCAGAGGCUUCAGGUGUUGUCCCGGAUUGAGAAGCUGUUCAUUCAGUUACUAGAGCUAGAACAGGGCCAGAAGGAUGGGCCUCAACAGCCUUUCCACUCCGAACAGCAGAACAACCAGGUUGAGAAGCUCUUCCAGGCCUUAAAGACCCAGGAGCAGAAUAAUCUGGAGGAGGCAGCAGAUGGCUUCCUGCAGGUGCUCUCCGUGAGGAAGGGGAAAGUUCUGGUGGCAAGGCUGCUCCCUUUCCUGCCCCAGGAUCAAGCUGUUAGCAUUCUUCUAGCUAUCACCCACCAUUUGCCCCUCCUAGUCAGAAGGGAUGUUGCCGAUCAGGCCCUACAAAUGUUAUUCAAACCUCUGGGCAAAUGUAUCAGUUACUUGACCUUCCAUGAACUCCUCCAAGGACUUCAGGGGCUAAUGCUGUUUCCGCCUGGCUCCUCAGAGCGACCAGUCACUGUGAUCCUUCAGAACCAGUUUGGAAUUUCUUUGCUCUAUGCCCUGCUGAGUCAUGGGGAGCAGCUGGUAUCCCUGGAGUCUUCUCUUAAGGAGUCCAAUAGUGAUAAUUCAGCUUGGACAGACAUGGUGGUUCUGAUUGCCUGGGAGAUCGCCCAUAUGCCAACAGCCUCUCUGGCAGAACCCUUAGCCUUCCCCAGCAACCUUCUUCCUCUGUUUUGUCACCAUGUGGACAAACAACUGGUACAGCAGCUAGGGGAGAGGAUGGAGUAAGUGAUGGCAGAAACAAGGUCCUAGCCCCUUGUUCAAGCCCAGUCUAGGUUCUGUCACUUAGUUCUUGUUUUAAGCUAAGAAUAUGAAGGAUACCUUGUUUUUAGAAGUUGUUCCAGAUACCAGCGUUUACUGAGUAACCAGUUGGUCCAUAUUAGGGCUGUGAGGCCUAUUUCUUCAGUCAGACUUUUUAAUUUAUUCCCAGAUGGCUUUCCUCACUUAUUAUGCUAAACUACUUAAGGGCAAGGAUGAAUAGAAGCUGAAUGGUUAAUGGAAAUAUUUGAGGUACAACUACUCUAAGAUAAAAGCAUGAACAACAUGAAAGGUCACUUGUGUCCUCAGAAUUUACCAUCUGCUGGAAGGAGUCAGAUACUAAUCAAAUCACACAAAUAUUUUAGAAAAUAUAAUUGUUUACAGUUAACAUCUGUUCUCUUUGUAGGCUUGCUUGGAUCUAUUGAUCCAGUUGUGCUGGAACAUGUACAUGUAGGAAAAGUUUAAUCAUCAGACACUAGCUAUAUGAGCUAUGUCUUCAGAGAUCCAGAGAGUCCAAGGACAUUUCUUAUGCCUUGAUAUAUUGAAGGACCCCAACCAAAACAUUUUUUGAUGCUUGCAUUAAAAACCUGUGUGAUAUGCCUAAAAUGGCAUGGCAUGAUAAGGUAUAAUUAAAGAGCUAAAAGAAUAAUGUGUUCAAACUUGUUAUAAGUUAGGAGAUGCAACUUGUGAAUGCUCUAAGAAAGUCCUUAAUAAAAGGGACAAGGUCUUGUUAUGUCUAA